CGCGGCCUCCGCGCGACCUCGGCCACUCCGCUUUCCGCCGGCACGCGAACCGCACGCGUCGCAAUUUACAGAUAUUUCUUUGUUCUUGGAAUGGUUCAGUGAAACUACUUUUAUAAACUCUUAAAUAAAUAUUGAACAUUCAGUGAGUGACAAUUGUGGUGCACACCUGACUUUACAUAUCUGAUGUGAAGAGACAGUGAGCGGCCGAGCACCUGCCAAGUGUCGCAGCGGAGCACACGGUACCCUAGCCAGCAGCAAGCAGCAAGCAACUAGCAGCCAUGACGGUUAAGGAUUGUGAGGACGCUCUUCGAGCGCUUUACAUGCGGGACGUUUCGGGCAGUGUAGACGCUUUAACACUGUGGUGCCUUACAAACGUGAAUCAUUCAUAUGACCGCGAGCUGGAGAACUACGCGCCUAUAGUAGCGUCUAACUCCGCGCAACUGGAAACCGUCCUGGAAGAGUACAGGACCACGCGCGACUGCAUGGCCGCCAAGCUCGACACCCACACGGCCACCUGCCACACCGAGUACCAAAACCAGCGCAGGGACGCGGUGUUCGCCGGCAUGACCUACCACCGCGCGAUGGCCCGUUUGGGCGCCACAUAGGAGUACUUUUCGCAGAUUGCCCAACCAAGUCGCGUAAACAAUUACAAGGGCAAUCUGCGAGCUGCUGGUGCAUUGUACACCUUUUUUGCGGAUAUACGCGACUCUUAUGUCCUCAUCGCAAGAAAAAUUUGGACAAGCGAGGAUGAAUUACAAUCAUUCGAAACAGCGCUAAUGCAAUUUAUGGAGGAAUUCAUCGAGUUCGUCGGCGUCGUGUCUUCUAACCUGCGCUCUCACGUGCUACACCUUUGCAACGAGGCUUUCCCGUUAUUGAGUGAGAUGGCGGCAGAAUUUGAGAGGAUCUUCGUCGGUCCCAAGCUGCGCCUCCGCAGCUCGCUUGCCGCCGCGGUCUACCGGCGGGCUGGCCACAUCGACGUCACCAUUAGAAACCUCCCAAAGACUUGUUACUGGCAAAUCUUAUGGGCUAACACCUCGAUUUUGUCGUUCAGCGACAUCACAAGUGAAUAUUCAACCACAAAGAAGGAGCUGCUUAACUUCUGGCAUAUGCAUACUCUGCCAACGAGCGGCCUCCGCAUCACGCACAAAGACCUAUUCAGUCUAUGGAAUCUGGCGGUCACCAUUUUGGAUGAUAGGCGCUGCCAAGCAAAACUCAUUGAUAUAUUGGUGGUGACUGACGUCCAGAUCAAGGCCUUCGGGGAAGCGUGGCCGCGUUACAUGGAGCCGGAUCGCGUCGCCUUCAACUACUACGUCAUAGGGUGCUGCUACGCCGCAAUGGAACUCAACGAGUCCGCUAUUGAGUAUUUACUCAAAGUCACCAGAAUGAAGCCGCAAAUAAAGGGCGAUCCGUUUCUGGUGCCUUUCGCCAUGAUAGAAGCAGCAAUGUGCUACCACUGUCUAGGCAAUGCAGACAUGGGAAACGAACUCAUGAACAUAGCACAGGCGGAGUACGGCAGCAGUUCCCGGGAGUGCAAGAAGUUGCUGCGCGUGUACCGCCGCGUGCUGCGCUUUCCGCCGGGCUCCGUCUACCGGAACGAGAACAACACCCACUCCGACUUAGAGGACAAUAUUCCCGAACUCGGAUUGGAUUUCACCGAUAACAGUGAAGAUUAAAUUAAUAAUGGUUAUCAUGCGAAAGAGAAGCCGGCCACCGCAGCAAAGCAGACGGCGUUCUCUGACGCGGUGGGAGUACUUCCAGUGCCAUUAAGACGCCGCUCUGCUACGCCGGGGCACUGCUGUUCUUCUUCGCUUGAAGUGGCUUCGUUACACGAGCCUUCAGAUCAAUUAAAUGAUCGCAAUGAUAACCCUAUAUGUAUUAGAUGUAGCCGUCGACCGCCACAUCGACGAAUAAUUAUAUCGAUUAGUUUUUAAAUGUAAGCUGUUUGUUCAUUAUAUGUACAUACAAUGUAGGCACAUUAUUGUUUGGAGAGUCCUUUUCAUUACUAACGACUUGUUGUUCAGUAUAUAUGUACUAAGCAACUCCAAGCUUCUCAAUAAUGUGCAAGUACUCUACUGCAGUAAAUGUGAAACACCUUUUCAUUAUAAAUGUUUGUGUACCAGGAGCAUGGUAUAAAUCCCUGUUAACCGGAAUACCUUGCAAAGGAAGAGUCACUGUAUGUAUUUACUGCUACUGCUACUACUACGAUUAUUUCACUUGUUUAUCCCAUUCUUUAAAUAUUCUAAAGGAGCUUAAAGACAAAGUAUUUCUAAAAUAUUUUAUGAUGGAAUGAAGAAAAGACUUAAGCGUUUGCUAUUUUGCGGGAACCGCACAUUUUGGAAAGUGUUUUGAGACUGAUGAUUUACAUAAAAAAAAAAACAAGGAAAUAAUUAACUAAAAGUACUUCAUGUUUUAUUUUUAUUUUUACGCAAACAAAAGCGUCUCUUAUAAUAACGUGAACGACAUUUAAAAAUGGCGAUUAGACUUAUUCAUGUUUCCUUGUAGUUGAUAUCUUUUUAUUGUUAUAUAUUUUGAUUUGUUCUGCAGACUAACAUAACAUUUUAAAGACGUGUGUGUGUGUGUGUGUACGUAAUAUCGAUGGCUCCUACGUAAACUGUCUAUGUUGUACCUAUGUUAUUUAUAUUGAGGUUAUUAUUUUAUUUACGUGUUUUUUUACACACGAGUGCAGCUGCGGAAUGUUCUCUUCAUGUUGAUACAAGAACCGAAGUGGGACCUCCAGCCCUGGCCCGCCCGAGACGCUGACACUCGUCAUCGACAUCACUCGACAUUUUGAUUUAUACUUCAGUUCCCCUCCCCCCCCCCCCCCCCCCUUCUACGUAGAGGUCAUCUAUAUUUAGAAAUAUGUACAUUUAUGUUAUUGUUGUUGAUUCCUAAUAUUCUUAUAUAGAUGUUUACGGUUAAUUUACUCUUCUAUGAAUAGUUUAGGUGGUAAGAUGAUAUAAUACAUAUAUUAUAAGCAAGUAAUUAUUAACUAAAUGAGUAAAUACAUACGUACAUUCAUGGAUUUACAUAAAUACAUUUACUCGAUAUUAUUCAUUAUUACUUCAUUGGAAAUUCCCAGACAAUGAAACUCAAUUUUGUGCAAGAGAACUGUUUAAUGAUGGAAUGAUGUAAUGGAAAGCUACGUAUUGGGAUGUUUAUGUUGAGCAGAAGGUCGAGCAGAGUGUGACAGCAGCCGCCGUGCCGUCGCACCGCCGCAACGCCGCACCGGUAGCAUACGUCUUAUUAUAUUACAAUUUUAAUAACUGUUUAAUCUUGUACUAUUAUAAUGAUUAGUACUUAAUUAAGUAAAGCAACAUGUACGCCAUUUGCGUAUUUUAGAGAUUGUUUGAAUGUUUUAAUCGAUGUUUAAUUAUACUAAGAAACAAUUAUCGUGUCUAAUAGAUAUAAUGAGGAUUUUACAUUUCCAUGGCCUCGGAAAUCUAUCUCUAUGCGCAACUAUUGCAGGCGCUCUUCUGUGUAUUCAUUAUAUGUCUAUGUAUCCAUUAUGUGGCAAAUAAAUGUUCAUCGAUGA